UCAUAUACGGCUCAAUUUAAAAUUUGUGUCUUAUAGGCGAAAGCCGUUUUUAAACGGCACAAAAUUUUGUACUGCACAGACGAGCGCCGUAUAUAAGCGUUGUUUUUACACACGUGGUCAAUGUUCAAAAACACCACAUGUUCUAUAUUUUUUUAUAAGUGAUAUAUUUUCCGUAAUAAGUGAAACAACGGAUGAUUAGUGUUGUGCACAAUGUCCUACAGAAUGGAUUUUUACGUGGACAGCAGCGAUGAAGAGCCAUUUGAAGACAGCGGAAGCGAAUAUUUACCAAGUGAAGAUGAAGAGUCUGAAGAAGAUGAUAUGUUAAUUGAUGAAUAUCAAGAUGUAAUGUUAGUAGAAAGUGUAAGUGAAGACAGUAAUCAUGAACUAGAAACCGACCUAGCGACGACAGAAAAAGAUUACGCCGACAUAAAAAUAAUUUGGGGAGACAGUGAUUUCGUUCCAACAAUUUUCGAAUUUGAUCCUACAAAUAGCGGCAUCAGGAAUGAUUCUUUGUCUGAAAAGUCCAUAGAAUUUGAUUAUUUUGCAAGCCUAUUUACCGAAGAUAUCGUAGAAUAUAUUGUAACCGAAACUAACCGAUAUGCUAAUCAAAAUCAGGCAAAGGAUUGGAAAGAACUUUCAACACAAGAAUUUUAUGUUUUUAUCGGUCUAACAAUGCUAAUGUCUCGAAACAAAAAAACUAAUUUAAAAGAAUAUUGGUCUACAGAUUCUUUGCUCGAGUCUCCAAUCUUUUCUAGAACCAUGCCUAGGGACAAAUAUAUGAGUAUUCUUUCAAAUCUUCAUUUUGUGAAUAAUGAAAAACAACCUACGACUAAACUAUAUAAGGUAGAAAAAGUCCUCAAACUCAUAAAGGAGAACUUCCAAAAACAGUUCUACCCGUUUGAAAAUUUAGUUGUUGAUGAAAGCAUGGUGUUAUUUAAAGGACGUUUAAGCUUUAAACAAUACAUAAAGACGAAAAGGCAUCGCUUUGGAAUGAAACUGUACGUUCUUUGUGAUUGUGAAACUGGAAUGGUUCUUGAUUUCGUUGUGUAUGUUGGAAAUGAUACAAAACAAUUUGUUGAAGAAAUAAAGGGUCUAGGAUCUUCAGGAUCUGUCGUAGUGUCUCUUAUGAAACCAUACCUUGACAAGGGACACAAGCUUUUCACAGACAACUACUAUUCCAGCCCAAUUUUGGCAAAUUAUCUUUUCGAAAAAAAAACGAACACCUGUGGAACUGUGCGUGAAAAUAGAAAAUAUAUGCCUACACUGAAAAAAAAACUGAAGAAGGGCGAAUUGUGUUCGAAAAGUAGCGAUAAAAUUCUUGUCAUAAAUGCACGAGAACAAAAUAGUAAUCAUGGAUAAAAUUGACAAGCGAACAAAUGAGGCUACGAAAAAACCACUGUGUGUAAUCAAUUACAACGAGAGAAUGGGAGCAGUUGAUCGCACAGAUAUGAUGUUGAGCAAUAUAGAAUGCAUGCGCAAAAGUAUGAAGUGGUACAAGAAACUUUUCUUCCACUCAUUAGAUUUAUUAAUUCUAAACUCGCACGCAAUGAUGCAAACAAAAAAUGUUAACAAAAUUCCUUUUGGUGAUUUCCAGCUGAAACUUAUUCGGCAAAUUUUUGAAAAGUAAGUAUCACCCCUGAAUUGUAACAUUUUUUAACUUCAUAUUUAACACAGGUUUCCUCUUGACUACCCUACUAUAAGAAUAGCUCGUGGUGUGCCAGAUGUUAGAAGGUUGGUGGAAAAACAUUUUCCUCACGUUGUUCCUGCAACACCGACAAAUAAGACACCUCAAAGAAGAUGUGUAGUAUGUUCGCAAACAAUUUUAGGACCCAGAAAGAGGAAAGAUUCACGGUACAUGUGUACCAUUUGCAACGUGGGGUUGUGUCUGACGCCUUGCUUCGAAAUUUACCACACUAAAAACCAAUACUGAAAGAAAUAAAAGUUGCUGUUGUUCAUAUGUACAAUAAAUAAUUUUCUGAUUUCUCUUUUUAUUAUUUCUCCAUAGAUAAACAAUUAAAUCGCCUAUAAACAUAGCAAACAUUUGUUGCCGUACAUAUACGGCGGUCGUCUGUGCGGCAAUAACAUCGGUGCCGUCUGAGAGGUAAGCGAAUAAAUUUUGGAGCCGUCCUUAAAUGGUUAAACCACGAAUGAAUUAGGCCUAUGUAGCAAUAAUCAGACCCAUGGUCGCCUAUGCCUCACUGGUUUGGUGGCCAUAAAGGAAUCAUAAAACAGCACAACAACAGCUGGCACACACCACUUCAUUUAUAUAUACAAACGCUGAUAUAGGGUAACCUCAGAGGACACCUCGAAAUCGAAGGCCGUUCGAUCCGGAAUAGGCAUGGGCAUUAGCGGACCAAAUAGCCGCAUUAAAUUGCCCCUCAGCUCGGAUAUAACCAUUUACAAGCAAAAGCACUUGCUAUAAACUUCUGCACUACUUUGAACCUACAAAAGGGACAGAAAGGUGCAUCCAUAAACAUUUUUACAGACAGUUGGGCCGCCCUAAAGACAAUUCAGGACUACACAGCAACCUGAGAGAACUCGCUAGGAGCAAUGAGAAGGCGGACAAGCUGACCAAAGAGGCAGAAAAGCGUGGAUGGACUCCAACCUGGCUGUGGACUACAAAAAAGCCACCUAAAACAAGUAAUCAACAGUUGGGAGGCCUCAAAGGUAGCCUUACGCUGGAAAGAACUUCCAGGUCACAGACAACCAAAGAGCAUUAUAACUCCGCCACAAAAGAAAGCCAAAGAGGUUUCAUGCCUCAGCUCAGAUAUAAUCAUUUUUCAAGCAAAAGCACUUGCUAUAAACUUCUGUACUACUUUGAACCUACAAAAGGGACAGAAAGG